AUGGUGAUUCCAAAAAAUUCAAGUCUAAAAGUACUGAAGGAGAACUCUCUUGGGGAAUCAAAAUUAAAAUAUUUUUACGUUCCACAAAGUUUGUACGAAGUUGGGUUUGCAAAUGUAAGACUCAUUGAAAAGAUCGAAAUACACCCAAACAAUCGAAUAUUUGCUUUCAAAAAUGCAUGCUUUAUGAAUUACAAUCAAGAAAUCGUUUUUUACUGCUUUAAUACAAAUCCGAACGUAGUUAUCCAUAUUCCAGAAACAGUAUUUGGUAUAGAAUCCUAUUCGUUUCUUCUUACUUAUGGCAAAACAAUUAUUUUUCCAAAAAUAUUAACAUGGAUCCAUCAAUUUGCAUUUCUCCGUUGCCAAGUUCCAUAUUAUGACUUUUCAAAGGUACUUUAUGUUAACGAACUCCCUUUAAACGGAUUUGAGCUUUCAAAAAUUAAAAUUUUUGAUUUCUCAAAUGUAACAAACAUCCAUAUCAAUCAUAGAGCAUUCAUAUGCUGCUACAAUCUCGAAAUAGUCACUAUAAGUCCAGCCUGCAUCUACAUUGGACUAGAUUCGUUUAAAUUUUGCUCUAGACUGAAGAAAAUCAUCAUUCCACCCGAUUCAAAGCUACAAAGAAUCGUAAACUCUGCAUUUGCAUACACAAACCUCGCGGAAUUUAUCAUUACUCCAAGUAUUCAAUUUAUUGGGUUAAAUGCGUUCGAAGGAGUGCCUCACGUCGUUCUCAAAUGUGAUCCAAAUAACUGGUACUUCACUGUUAAAGACAGUGUUCUCUUUUUUGACAAAAGUUCAAUUUUAAUUUGGUAUCCGCCUUAUUUGAGGAAUGAAACUUACCAAAUUCCUUCCCACGCGAAUACAUUGCGAAGCUAUUGCUUCUACAAGGCCAUCUACCUCAAGGAAUUGAUUUUCCCAGUGCAAUUAACAAAAAUUUUGCAACACGCGGUAUAUUGCACGAAUAUAACUGCAAUAAAGCUGCCACCGCUUGUUUCUAACAUAGAGAUGUACGCGUUUGCUAAUAACAGGAUGCUGGAAAGCAUAGAUUUUGGAGAUUCAAUCAAAUUGAUUCCAAAAUUCGUUGUAGCUGACUGUGUCAACUUGAAAUAUAUUUACAUUCCACCUUCAGUUACUUAUAUCCGCCAAAAAGCGUUUGAAAAUUGUAGAUCUCUUCAAUGCAUUUCAUGUGGUAAAAAUCUGGUGAAUAUAUUGUCACAACAGGUUCCUUUGAGAAUUAUUCGUGUGGAUAACCGCUGCUCUGCUUCUGAUAAUGAAAUAAUUGUUUUAUAA